AUGAAAGGAGCUGAUAUGGCUGUGUAUUCGUCGGGCGAGUCAGGAGCGUCAAACGGAGCUCUCAGCUUUGAGCAACGAUUUGCAUCUGGCUUCAUCACUCCAUCAUUGUCAUCUACACCUUUUCUGACUUUCAUUCAAGGGUAUCAGCAAAAUAAUGUAACGGCAUUCUCGUUUUCGAGACCUUUGGUGGCACAAUGUACUGUCGAAUCCUCCGACAUUACGCUGUACGGUUUGAAUUGGUUUAUUUUCGCUCACGGUGCUUCAAAUACGUUCGUGCAGCAUGUUGAAGGAUCGCAAGGACAGGCUGCACUCGACAUUGGAUCUGCAACCGACGCUAUAGCUGCAUUUACAGCUGGAUCUGUUCCCGCAGAUGCCAAAGUUCUUAACUGGACUAUAACACCGGACUUUGCUAUUCCUGUCGUUCCAACUGCUUAUUGCUACCGCUUCUUCUCGCUUCCAACCGACCAGAAAUACCAAAUAACACAAUGGACACCCAUCAUUGGCUCACCGCUAGUGCAUCACUUGGUAGUCUACAGCUGUCCAUCAUUAGAUACUCGAUAUACUGACGGCCAGGUUGUAUGUAACGCUCCUCCUCUGUCAUCAUGGACAAACACUUGCUACUCGUUCUACAUUGACUGGGCACUUGGGCGUAAAGGGACUGUGUAUCCAAGCAAUAUGGGAAAACCAUUUGGGCUUGGGGAUUUCUCUGCUCAGUUUGUUGUGUUGGAAAUGCACUAUUCGAAUCCUCUGCUACUUACUGGACAGGUUGAUACUGGUAGUGGCAUAUCAGCUACGUAUACGUCUACCAUUCGGCCUAUUGACGUUGGAGUUCUGACGCUUGGAACGUAUCCGAGUUACUUUACUCUUCCACCACGAACCCAAGUCGCGACAAUAUUGAAUGAAUGCACCUCUGAAUGCUCCUCAAACCUUCCUGCUACCGGAAUCACCUUGAUUUCUUCUGGAUUUCAUAUGCAUACACGAGGAAGUGCCGGACUAACUCGAAUAAUUCGUAAUGGAACUGAACUAGCUGAGGUCAAUCGUGAUCAGUGGUUUGAUUUCAAUUAUCAAAACUCGAAUUUCCUUGGUCCUUCAAACACAAUUAUGCCUGGUGACAGAUUGGUAACCUAUUGCUCAUGGGACACAUCAAAUGACAACGUUACUGUUCAAGGUGGUGCUGCUUCAACUCAAGAAAUGUGUUUCAAUUUCAUGGAGAUCACACAUGGAGGCCUCGUCGGUCUCUGCGUAUACUUGAACACAGUCAGCCCAGCAGCAGCAACAAUCAAACUCAGCGUCCAGCCCAAUUUCACAGCUCUGACUCCUCGUGCUGAAACGUGUGGUGCGUCAGCAUAUUCGCUCGGGUAUGCUUCAUUACCAACUCCGGGAUCUGCUGUGCCGUCUGGGGCUCCUGCUGCAACAAGCGGUGGAAACGUAUGGGCUGGACAAAUUAAUUCGUUGCAAGCGUGUUAUGCUGGAUUGGGGUUGUGGUUGUUGCUGUUUUUGGUGCAUGGUGGGCAGAUGGUUCGAGGGAGGUAUUGGAUUAUGGCUAUUUUGCUGACAACUACAAUGAUGGAAGCUGCUGGAUUCGGUACGAGAUGGUAUAGCUUGCAACACAACAAGCAGUUGGCUCCACUCGAGGCAUCCCAAGCUCUUCUGAUUCUUGCUCCUAUUUUUAAUGCUGCCUUCAAUUAUGUGCUUUGCUCGAAUCUCAUUUCAUUCGUCGGAGCUCAUUUUGCUAUAAUAUCUCCUAAACGCAUCUCCUGGAUCUUCAUCACAUCUGAUGCAUUGACGUUUAUCGUCCAAAUCAUUGGAGCAGUGCUCUACUUUACUGCACUAACAACAAACAAUGUCGCCACUCCAAAUGCUACACUGGGUUUGAAAAUAUUGCUUGCUGGUUUGAUUAUCACUGUGCCGUCAUUUGCUCUGUUUUUGCUUGUUAUUAUCGUGUUUGAUAUCAGGACGAGACGUGAAUUGCCGUGGUCUGUUCGUCGGCAAUGGACUCCUUUAUUAUGGGCACUUUACUUUUCGUCGUCAAUGAUUCUGCUACGAUCCAUCUACCGUUCGGUGGAAUUUUCUCAAGGAUAUUCAGGCUACCUCUCCUCCCAUGAAAUAUACUUUUACUUUUUCGAUGCACUACCAAUUGUGCUUGCCACAGUCACAUUCAACAUCUUCCACCCAUCAUACUACGUUGGCAAACGAUACGAGGCAUUGAGAAACCAACUCUUAUCUAACGCUGGACUGAAUCCUGAAACGAGUGCUGCUACAACUGUAAACAUGACUGAUAUCUCACCUGUUGACAAGAUAGCUGAUGAAAAGGUGGAAGCUGAGUCACAUUAG